CGUAAAAAGCCAAAUAUUUCUACUGAAACAAAAAGAAAAAAAAGUACCAAAAGUUCUCUUGUAAACGAGAACAGAGCACCAGAGCAGCAAGGGAAAGAAAAAAGAAAACUGAUGAUGGCCUCGAAGCUGGUUCAAUUGCAAGGCAAAACUACUCAAGCUUCAAAGGUUGCGGCUGAGUAUGGAUCUUCCUAUUACAAGCAGCUUUUGGAGAAGAACAGGCAUUACAUUCAGGAGCCACCCACUGUUGAAAGAUGCAACCUUUUGUCCAAACAGUUGUUUUAUACCCGUCUUGCAAGUAUAUCAGGGCGCUAUGAAUCGUUGCGGAAGGAGGUUGAUUCUGUCAAACAACUGUGGAAGAACAGGCAGGAGCUGAGGGUGGAAGAUGCUGGGAUUGCUGUCCUGUUUGGCUUAGAAUGCUUUGCCUGGUUUUGUGGUGGUGAGAUUGUAGGUCGGGGAUUUAAAUUCACUGGUUACCAUAUCUAGGUUCCGGAUGGCCCUGAUCUAAUUAGUUGAUUUUGUUUUCCAUAUUUAGAUUCAUUGUUAUCAGAGAGAUGAAACUCAGAGGAACGAAUUUAUUAACCCAUCAA